AUGCCUAAGCGACGCCAAUUAAUCUCUUCAUUUAUCAAGAACCUAGGGAACAGGGCAAAGAAAGGUCAAGGGAUAUUUCCGGAACAAAAGAAGAAUAUCCCGGUGGGUGAAAGAGGCAUAGAAGGCUGCUUUAUAAGGAACUAUUUGGCUAUUGUCGGCACCCAGCAAUCUUGCAAGUCUGCUACAAGAAGAAUGACGGAAGGGGUAUCAGAGCUAAGCCUGAGUCAAGGCAUGGAGAGCCUUGCACCACGAGUUGAAGCAGAAUCAAGAAGUUUGGAACCUCCCAGUAACCUUGAUUUGCACGACAAAGCAAGCCAGAUGAAGGAAUCCACUAAUAGCGGCACUUUCCUUGGCCUGCCAUUGAUUGAAGAGGCACAUGCUGCAAUAUGUCAUCUGAAACAGAUCUUGCAUCCCCCUCAUUGGAGCAGAAAGGGGCAUAAGCCAUUUAUAGGUGACGAGCUCCUGCGGAGGUGGCUGGAAAUGAUGUUGAUGUUUCUCACUGCAUAUGCAGACAAGAAAUGA